CCGCAGCAAGGAACGGUCAAACAGAGAAUGGCCGGCAUGUGUGCUACGUGGCAGGUAUAGCAGGCUCCUUCCAUUUUGGUCAAGUCUGCCUCCGCGGGUAGGUCAGUCAGUCCUAGUAUCGGGAUAGGAAGAAGAGAGCACAAGAGAGCACAUGGAUGGGGGAUGGGAUGGGAUGGGACAAAGGAAGAGGAGGCACCGCGCCGGAAUCCCCAUACCGACCUACCCUGGCCUGGCCGCCUCCCUCGAGUUUUGUUUCGUGACGGCCGGCGCGUGCCAUACUGCUCCCGGCCCCGGAAGCAAAAUCGCAGCUUCACUCUUUGCGGCUCUCUUGUUUCAACGCCCUCCGGCCUCUACCUCGCGCGCCAUCUUCUUUUGCUUCGUGAUAAUGGCUGCUGGGCUGGAGGACCUGAGGCGGAGGGUGCAACCCAUCUUCUUCGACGCCGACGGCAAUGUUAUGCCGGCCCCCGACGACGACAGUGAGGUUUUGGAUGGUGGGACUAUCAACUUGCUGAGUAGAUCUUCUGAUGAAUAUAACAUCAAUGAGCGCGGCUUCCAUAAACGAACAAUUAGAUCAGAUGACGAGUAUUCUUCUGAAAAGGCAUUCCGGUGUUCUUGUCAUGAUAUGCAUAUUUUUGAUUCAGUUGGUAAUGGUGCAAGCAGUGUUGUCCAUAGAGCUAUUUAUGUACCAGUUCAUCGAGUUUUGGCACUGAAGAAAAUAAACAUUUUUGAGAAGGAAAGGAGGCAACAGAUUCUUAAUGAGAUUAUAACAUUAUCUGAAGCAUGUUGUUAUCCAGGUUUAGUCGAAUUCCAUGGAGUGUUUUACACCCCUGAUUCUGGAGAAAUAUACUUUGCUCUUGAGUAUAUGGAUGGUGGUUCAUUAGCAGACAUUAUCAGGGUCAAGAAAUUUAUAUCAGAACCAGUUCUUUCACAUAUGCUGCAGAAAGUGUUGCUAGCUCUGCGCUACUUGCAUGAAGUGAGGCAUUUAGUGCAUAGAGAUAUAAAGCCAGCAAAUUUGCUGCUAAAUCUAAAGGGUGAUACGAAAAUUACGGACUUUGGUGUGACUUCAGGACUGCAUGAUUCAAUUGAUAUGUGUGCUACCUUCUUGGGCAGUGUCACAUAUAUGUCUCCUGAGAGAAUUCGGAACGAAAGCUACUCAUAUUCUGCUGAUAUCUGGAGCCUUGGACUAACAGCAUUGGAGUGUGCAACUGGAAGAUACCCAUAUGAUGUAAAUGGAGGCGAGGCCGAUCUCAUGCUGCAGAUAUUGGAGGACCCAUCGCCAACACCACCACAUGAUAUUUAUUCAGAAGAGUUUUGCUCAUUCAUCAAUGCUUGCUUGCAGAAAGAUGCUGAUGCAAGGCCAACAUGUGAUCAGCUUUUGUCGCAUUCCUUCAUCAAGAGAUAUGAGGGACCGGGUGUAGACUUGUCAGAGUACAAUAAAAGUGUUCACGAUCCAUCAGAAAGAUUAUCACAGAUAGCACAUAUGCUUGCUGUACAUUACUACCUGAUCUUUGAUGGCGGCGAUGACCAAUGGUGUCACAUGAAGACAUUCUAUCAACAAGAUUCUAUUUUCAGUUUCUCAGGGGAAACCCAUGUUGGUAAGAGCGAGAUAUUCGAGACUUUGUCAAGAAUAAGGAAAAUGCUGAAAGGUAACAGCCCUUGCGAGAAGAUUGCUCAUGUAAUGGAGAAGGUUUACUGCCGUUCACAUGGGGAAGAAGGGAUGAGGGUUCGGGUGUCUGGCUCAUUCAUUGUGGGGAAUGAGUUCGUCGUCUGUGCAGAUGGGGUGCGUGCUGAAGGGAUGCUAAGCAUCGACGAACUCUCCCCUGACAUUCUCAGUAAGCAGGCUGGCCAUUUCCAAGAAGAUUUUUUCAUGGAGCCAGGGACUGCCCUGGGAUGUUACGUCAUAUCAAAGCAAGAGCUGCACAUCGCCGACACAUGAGGUCAUUUGCCUUCUUGUGUUGAAAAUAAUAUUAGAAGAUAAACAUUGAGGUAUUGGAAUCUAUUCAAUAAGAAGGAUCAAGACAAUUUACAGUGAACUGAGAAUAUGGCUUGGAGCAUUCAAAUAUAGCCAUCGAGGAAUCGCUGACUUUCAUUUGAGGCAUAUCACAUUUGACAGAUCAUUAAGUUUGUCAGUGUUGAGGUUUUCCAGUGCAAGGAACUGCAUAUCUCAGAUAGGCUAGACUGCAGUAUGGAUCUGGAGAGGAAGUGCAUUGCAUUUGUCAUUUGUGCAUAUCCAACUCGUUUGUGUUGGACUUGCUAUAUUCUGAUGAUGUUACACGCGUUAGUGAUAGAUUUAAGGGAGUUGGUCGUACAUCGGAAGGAGUUGGUCCUACAUUGGAAUACAUUUCAGGAACUCAUAACCAAAA